AUGGCUCGCAGAGCUAGAAGCAGCUCCGACAGGCGAAGUCGCAGCCGCAGCGGCAGCAGCCGGAGCAGAAAGAGCAAGAGCCGCAGCAGCAGCACAAGCAGCAAAAGCAAGAAGAGCAGGAGCAGGAAGAGCAGGAAAGCCAGCAGCCAAAGUGGGAGCCGAAGGAGGCGGAGCCGCAGCCGAAGUCGGAGCCGGAGGAGCCCGAGCCGCAGUCGGCGGAACCGCCGAGCGAGGGCGCGUGGUGGGAGGCGCCGUGCGGAGCGGAGCCGCAGCCGCUCCAAGCGCCGGAACCGCUCGAGCAAGCGCCGCUCCAAGAGCCCCGGGCCAGGAGCCAAGUCGGCCUCAGCCUCGGCGACCUCCGAGGCCUACGGUGGCGCCUACUCCUUGUAUGGCUGGGGAUCAGGUUACAGAAGCUGGAGCGCUUGGCCUGAGAGCUCCUACUACUCGGGCUAUUCGGCUUACCAGGGGUACCAAUACACGCAGCGCGACUACGCCACGGAGAAGCCGGAGAAUUACAUGGCGUUCGUGCAGCAGCACGUCAGAGAGGGUAAGAACGGCACGGAGGUGACCCUCAGCAACAACAUGUGCCAAGACAAACACGUUGAUGAUCUGCUGCUUUGCAUCGAGUCGUGGCUUGGACGGCAGUAUGGACGAAGCAGCGCCCAGCCGUGGCAGCUGGGAACUUUGGACCUCUCGUUGAACGGGCUGUCCGACGACAGCGUCGCCCGCAUUGCAGACCGGCUUCGGCAGCUGCAUGUUCGGGUACGAUGCUUGGACUUGACCGGCAACAAAGCCGGGACGAAAGGGCUCGUGGCAUUGGAAGCCUAUCUUUGGAACUGCUCGGAGCCGUUCCAAGAGAUCUCUCUUGCGGACAACGAGAUUGUGGUGGAGGCUGGCUGUGGCGAGGACAAUCCUGUCUCCUCCUUCCUCCGCUGCCUUUACAACCACCCGAACUAUCCACGAAAGACGAGUUCCGACGCCGGGGUCUUGAUCCACCCUCUUGUCCUCCGGCUGGGAAAGAACCGCAUCGCGGACCUUCCAGGGCUCCUCCGAGACAUCCGGACAAAGGUGGGCGGCCGGGCCCGCUUCCGCAGAUCCGCGGAGGCCUACAAGGAGCCCGCCGAGUCAGAGGAGUUCCUGUCCGUGCACAUCGCGGAUCUCCCCGAAGAGGGCGAAGCCCGGGAAGAGGCGGAGCCCGAGGCGGAGGCGGCGGAGGACUCGGCCUGGAAGCGGCGCCAGCGCCGUCGCAAGGCUAAAGAACUGAGCACCAAGGAUGAGCAGGACGCAAAGGAGAGCCCGAAGUCCGAGGAGAGCGAGGACGAGAAGCCUCGCAAGACGGAGGAAGGCAAGGAAGGUAAGAAGAAGAAGGUGAAGAAGGAGAACGGCAAGAGCAAGAAAAAGAAGAAGAAGAGAAGCAAGCGGAAUGUCUCGCAAGAGGUUACAGAGGAGAACGGCAAAGAGCAGACGCAGACGCAGACAGGUCCCGGUUCGGAUGCGGAAACAGAGGAAGGCGAGGAAGAGAACAGCGACGAGGUCGACGCUGAAGCCCCGGAGCCCGUCGAGCCCGUCGAGCCCGUCGAGGCAGAGGUGCCGGAGCCCGCGGAGCCCGUGGAGCCCGGCUCCUCCAAGCCUAGCAAGCCUGCGCGAGCCUUCUCCCCCUCGGCGCUCUCAUCGGAGGAUCAAUCCCGCCUGAAGAAGGAGACGGCGGAGAGACUCAGGCUGAUGGAGGGUCUGGUGGAGAGCAUCGGAGAAAGUGCUCUGGGGAAGCUGGCCGAGCUGACGGUGCGACUGCUGGUGAGCGGCAAGCGGUCGGAGGACAUGAUGUCGGAGCUGAAGCCAUUUGUGGGCAAGCAGCGAGCUUCGGAGCUGGUGGACUGGAUGGACGAGCACUGCCAGUCGGGUGUGAGCGUGAGCCAGACGGCAGAAACUGCAGACGAAAAAGGAUUCAUGCUGUUCACAGUGCGUCGCACAAAGCAUCAACUCUCGCUUGGGUCGGGGACGUGCUCCACUCACGCCUCCGAUUGUGCAGCAAGCUGGCGACAUGUGUUACGGCUUUGGUUGUCAUUGCAGGGUGUUUUGGGGGGGGGGGGGGGGGGUCCAAGUGCGCUACUCCGUUGCUGCGGUUGCAUCGCGCGGAAGAAGUUGGCAUGUUCAUGCGUACACGCUAUCACGAUCUGUGCCUGUUUCUGUUGUUCUAACGGCCAGAGGCUUGCAGUCUUUUUGCCCCAACACCUGCCACGGCUCGCGAAGUCUCUUUGA